AUGGGCCUCUUCAUCCUCAUCAUGCUGCUGAUCGCGGCCCUCUUCACGAGUUAUAUGUUGCAACAGAAAAAAAUCCAAGUGGUGCACGAGACGGUUAUUGCCAUAUUCGCUGGCAUGAUCGUGGGUUUGAUAAUACGAGUGACCCCGGGUACCGCUAUCCAGGACAGCGUCAGCUUCGACUAUCAAUUCUUCUUCAAUCUACUCUUGCCGCCCAUCAUCCUCUCAAGCGGAUAUGAAUUGCACCAGGCCAACUUCUUCCGCAACAUCGGUUCCAUUCUUACCUUCGCUUUUGCUGGCACCUUCAUAUCUGCCAUAUCUCUUGGCCUCAUCCUCUGGAUCUGGACACGCAUUCCCCUCGAUGGACUGGGCCUCACUUUCGUCGAAGCCAUUUCUGUCGGCGCCACUCUCUCCGCUACUGAUCCCGUCACCAUCCUGAGCAUCUUCAAUGCUCACAAAGUCGAACCCAAAUUAUAUACCAUCAUCUUCGGCGAGUCGAUCUUGAACGAUGCUAUUGCCAUUGUCUUGUUCGAGACCGCUCAGCGAUACAAAGUUGCUGGCGGUCCCAAGGGCAAUCUGACGCUCUGGAGUAUGUUCGAGGCUAUUGGUAUCUUUUUGUCUGUCUUCUUUGGCAGCUUGGUCAUUGGCGUGCUGGUCGGCAUUGGGACAGCCCUGGCGCUCAAGUACACCCUUGUGAGACGGUUUCCUAAGAUCGAGAGCUGCCUGGUCGUCCUUAUCGCCUAUGCGAGCUACUUCUUCUCCAACGGUGUGCACAUGAGUGGUAUCGUGAGUCUGCUUUUCUGCGGCGUCACGCUCAAACACUACGCAUAUUACAACAUGUCCCGCCGCACCCAACUCACCACAAAAUUCAUCUUUCAGAUCACCGCUCAACUCUCCGAAAAUUUCAUCUUCAUCUACCUCGGCCUAACCCUCUUCACCGAAACUGACCUCGAAUUCAAACCUCUCUUCAUCAUCGUAACAACUCUGGGCAUCUGCGCCGCGCGCUGGCUAGCGGUAUUCCCGCUCAGCCGAGCCAUCAAUGGAGUCAUUCGUUUGCGUGCCAAACGACGUGGCCAGACAGAAGUGGCCGACGAACUUCCCUAUAACUAUCAAGCAAUGCUGUACUGGGCCGGCCUUCGAGGUGCGGUUGGCGUCGCUCUUGCCGCUGGCCUUCAAGGAGCGAAUGGGCCUGCCCUGCGUGCUACAGUAUUGGUCGUGGUCGUGCUGACAGUUAUCAUCUUCGGCGGCACUACCGGCCACAUGCUCGAAGUGCUCGGGAUCCGGACUGGUGUGGUCGAAGAGAUUGAGUCAGAUGAUGAGUUCGACAUCGAGACCGCUAGCGGCGGCACAUAUUACAAACGCUCUGGAGGAAUCGGAUUCGGCCAUACGCCGCGCAAUCCUUCGGGAGCGGUCGCGUUAGACUACGUUGAGCAUGAUGGUGGAGGCGCGAAUGGCUCAGCUAAGGCUGGUCGGCCCGGCCGACUUGGUAGCAAGAGUGCGCCUCGCGGAUACAGCUCCAGCAACAGGCACAGUCCGCCCAUCCGUCCAGGCUCGAAUUCAUCCGGUGCCAGCCAGCGGAAGAACUCAAAAGGAGGCACAAGUAUCACACAGCGGCAAAGGGAAGAGGAGGGUCAACGAGGCAGUCUGCUCAACGGCGGCAGCGCCUCGACGUCUGACCUGCUGAGCUCUGACGAUGAGGAGGCGUUGGACCUCGAUCUGCCCCCGGAGGCACCUCGACGACACGCAAGCCCUCUGCCUCCUAGCGCGGAUCGAAGUAGAUCCGCUGCGUCUGCGCUCCACCCGACGCCUGAUCCCAACUCGUUCACCAUGGACAACGACGAUUCACACCACGACGGCGACAUGGGUACCACCAGCCACGCCAGCGCCGGGCUAGGCGGUACGGUCCGGCACAUCGCUGCUGGAGCUCGCGACCUGUUGCGCAAUGCAGCUCAUGGAGACGCCCGUUGGUUUGAGCAGCUGGAUGAGAAUGUCAUCAAGCCGACAUUAUUGUUGGAUCAGCAUCAGGGGCAAGGGAGGGGCCAUGGUCGGGGUCCUAGUAUGGGAGGAGACGGCAGAGAAAUCUAA